UGUUGUCUUUGAUUCAAAACUAGUGAUUAAAUGUUUUCAUUCAUUCAGAUGAGAAUUGGUCAUUCUUUUUGCUGUUGAAUAAAAAAUAAUUCUUCUGUAUUUAAAAAUAAUGAGCACUGUGGCUAAAGCUUGGAAGGUUAUCAAACCUCAUGUGCCUUUGAUUCAUUUUAAAAAAGGAGGUCAUCCAACAAAUCAAACACAUGGAUCGAUGGCAGCCGUAUCGGCAACGACGACGACAACAACAACAAAAACAACAACCACGACAAUGUCAUUGAUGGAUGAUACACAAUUACCGGCACGAUUUCAACGUAAACCAAUCAGUGAAUUGGAAAUGCAGCUGAUUGAGACCGGUGGUGUACCAUUAUGAUGACUAUGAUGUAAUCGAAUCGAAUUCAUUGCGUAGAAUGUUUGCCUUUUUUUUGUCUAGGAAAAGAAAUGAAAAAAUAGAAAU